AUGCAGACUGUUGCUUAUUUGGGUCCGCCGUCGACCUACUCUCACCAGGUUACUCUUUCAAAAUUCCCUCAGGACCAGUAUGAGCAUAUCCCGUGUGUUCAAAUCGCAGAUAUCUUCGCUUCCGUUGAGUCCGGCAGGACCGACUUCGGUGUCGUCCCAUUCGAAAACUCAACCAACGGCUCUGUAGUCCAAACUUUGGACUUGUUCUGCGACAGGGAGAAUCUGUUCUCCAGUAUCAAAGUCCGUGGUGAAGCCUAUCUCGAUGUCCACCACUGUCUGCUAGGUCACCCAAGGGAAGACGGUAUCUCCCGAGAAACGGUCUCUCGAAUUUACUCCCACCCGCAAGCCUUCGGUCAGUGCGAGAAAUUCUUGACCAAGUAUCUGAAGGGCGUCGAGAGAAUCGAGGUUUCUUCGACCUCCAAGGCUGCAGCUCUGGCCAACGAUGACCCUUCUACAGUCGCUAUCGCUAGUUCUAUCGCUGUAUCUGUCCACAAGAACCUCGAGAUCCUAGCCGAGAACAUUGAGGAACGAUCGGAUAACACCACCCGUUUCCUGGUCAUUUCGAAGGAAGCGAUAGGUCCGUCCCCGAUCCAAGGAAGUGAUAAAACAUUCAUGACCUUUACUGUUCAUCACGAGCAACCCGGAGCAUUGUGUGAUAUGCUUAUGGUCUUCAAGGAGUUUGGUAUGAAUCUUACUAGUAUUUCUAGCAGACCAUCCUUGGAUGUUGCCUGGAACUACAUCUUCCUUGUUGAGUUCGAGGGGCAUCAGGACGCAAAGCAUGUACAGAGGGCCCUUCAGAAAAUGAAGAAAUACUGCAGGUCAAUGAGGAUUUUUGGGAGCUACGAGAGAGGAUUAAAGCAGUAG